GCGAGCUAGACGGCGAGAGGGAGAGAGAGAGAGGAGAAUACAAACCGGCAAUGGCGAUGAUGGCUCUCCGGAGGCUCUCCUCCGCUCUCAAGUCUUCAAUCGAACCUUACCGCAACGGCGGUGGUUCCCUCUAUUCCAUGUCCUCUUCCACGCGCCUGCACUCAAACCGCACUCUCACCGCAGCGGAAGGACUCGCUCGAACUGCUUCAGGGCGGGUCGGGGAUUUGUUGAGGCGGCUGCUGGCAUCGGGAAUUGAGACGUCCACCAAGUUCAGUACCAGUUUCCUCGAGUUGCCUCCAGAGAGUAAGAAAUCGGUGAAGAAAGCCAUCGAUUGCCACGACCCGAAGAACCCUUCUGUACUCAUCGUGAUGAUGAAAUCUCACGUUUCUCCUGGAAUCCUGAGCCUGCCCGGUAAGUUCGCCAGGAAGUACUUUCCCGCAGAGUCACAACGGGUAACGUUGUGUGCUUAUGAGGGGAAGAAGAGACGUGUGGGUGAAUGGCGUGCUGAUGCCUCGAGACGAUGGAGAAGCGAAAAACAAGAGACUUUGUAUUUCAGACGGUGGGGUGGGUUUCGCGCGGACAAUGAAUUGGUUGUGGGAGACGUAUGUUUGUUCGAGCUGAUUGAUAAGAAGCGAAAGAUCUUUAAUGUUCAUAUUCUUAGGGCUUGGAUGAACAAGAAGAAUCAGUAGGGAUUGGAGUGUGUAC